AUGUUUUUCUUGAUUCCUUUAUCUUUAUCAGCAUGUGAAACCUAUGAUUUCAAUGUGAAGUAUGGUGUUUAUCAAACUGUUACGUUCACAGCAGAACAAACGACGUUUUGCAAAACAAUCAAUUUUCAGUAUACACAACGAACUGCACCACAUAUGUAUAUUCGAUGGGAUUUCCCAACAGCGAGCGGUGAUCAUACCGUUGAAAAACAAAAUAUUCCACAAAGUGUAAAACAAAUUCAAAGUGUCAAAACAAUAGAAGAUUAUUCAAUUGUCGAUUUAUACAAGUCAUCUACACUUAAUAUCGAAUUAUCAGUCACGGGAAAAGUUCAAUUCAGUUUCGUUGCUUUUGAUAGUGAACCCGGCCAACAAACGACGAUCCUUUCAUGGUGGGGCAAAGAUUACAUCGAAAUUGGUCAAUACGAUUCAUAUAAAUUCCAAUGGAAAGAGAACCAUAUAUACAACUUUGUUAGUAUGUUCGACACAGUUGUUUCUGCUUCGAUUUAUGGUUCAAAUGACCGCGAUGUCAGUGGCAAAUAUACAUAUAGAUACAAUUCAUACAGUUACAGUGGCACAUUUAGUUCAGAACUCACUCUCAAAGGUUCAAAAUUUUUUGCAGUCAGUGUUAACUACACUAGUGGCAGAUAUGUUUCUAUAGGAUUCAACGGAGAAAACAAUGAUGGAUAUCGACUCAUUUUAUAUCCAGACUCAACAAAAAUUGAUAAUUCAACUCCAAAUCUUCCACCACCACCAACAUCAACACCAACACCAACGAAAACACCUAAAAUUGAAGAACAAACAGACAAACAUUCCAAAGAUAUUAUCAAACACCCAGCAAUACUAACGCCUAUUAUAUAUUUCGGUAUUUCUGGAUUAUUCCUUUUUGUUGGUAUCAUUGUAUGCUGUAUAUUCCCAAACAGACUAUACAGAUCCGGACUUCAGUAUGAAUGCCGCUAUCGUUGUUGCAGAACUACUUACCAAAUACUUCAAAAAUUUUACCACAAACACAAAUACUAUCAAUGUGGUGAAUGUGACUGCUGUUAUGAUGAAAAUCAUAAACGCAAAUGCUGCUUUUAUGACAAUAAAUUCCGCGGCAAAAUAUGUGGUGAUCUUAGCGGUGAUGAUAUUUGCGGAGUAAUGUGCUAUUUGGGAAUUUUUAUCCUUAUUGCUAUCAUAUUAGCAUUCCCAUUUGUCAUGAUUUACAUCUUUCUCCACUUAUUUAUGUCAUGCGCACCUGAAGAAAGAGAUUUCGAGAAGAAUGGUCUAAAAGGUGAUUCAACUGAUCAGGAUAAGAAGUUGAAGGACAUCGAAAAUCCGAAAACAACUGAAACUCCAAAUAAUUCUUCUCAACCACCACCUGCUCCACCGCCACAUCCUUAUUACCAAGCUCAAAAUAACCAACAACAAACACAGAACCAACAACAGAAUUAUAGCAAUAACCCUCAACAAAAUUAUAUUCAGCCACAACCUUCCCCUUAUGAAAAUCCACCACCACCACCACAAAUGCAAGGACAGCAGCAACAACAAUACCCUUACAACUAUGGACCUCCACAACAACCUCAAUCUCCUUAUCAACAACCUUCUCCAUAUGGUGCACCACCAUCUCAAUCUCCAUAUGGUUCUCCACCUCCAGGAUAUGGUUAUCCACCACCAGGAUACGGUUCCCCGCCUCCAGGAUAUGGAGCUCCAUACGGAGCACCUCCGCCAGGUUAUGGUGCUCCACCUCCAGGAUAUGGAGCACCUCCGCCAACAAACAGUGCACCACCACCAAUGACCAAUUCUGCUCAACCUUCUCAAGUUCAACCUUCAGGGGCCAAUUCACCACAAGCUCCUCCACCACAAGAUUAA